AACCGUGGGAAUGCGGGGUCCGCGCCGCGCCGGUUGCGUGUCGUGCGCGCUACGUUGCCGCCUCGUCGCCCCCUCCCCGCCACGACGCGUCGCCCGCAAUCGUCCACCAGUCACCGAACGGCAAACUCCGAACACAAACAUCAAUAAAUACACAUUUUCAUAUCAUUCACUUUCAUCCGUGCGCUAAUAUUUAGUUCAAUUCACUUAUUUAAUGUCCUAAAGUUGUAGUAGAUAAGAUGAGGGUGUCUUUAUUCAACUCCACGGAGGAUCUAAAACUGAUUCGGCUCGUGGAGCAGAACCGUAUCCUGUUCGAUACGACGGAGCUGAAGAACUCGGACAAUGAGAUGCGGGAUCAAGUCUGGCAGAAGAUCGGCGAACAGAUGGAGAAGCCAGAGAAACUCUGCAAGUCUCGCUGGAUCAACAUGCGCGACCACCUGCGCCGCACCAUCCGCCGGAGCCACGAGGGCGCCUCCUGCAGCCGCUACAAGUACGAGCAGGAGAUGGCCUUCGUCAUCCCCUUCUUCAGGGAACCCGUGGACGAUGAGGAGAGCUCUCAUACGGACAGUCAGGUACACACUGGGACCAAAGACCGAAUCAGGUUCACCUACAACCAAGACAUAGCUUUGAUAGAGCUGGUGAAGGAACGACGGCACCUGUACGAUCCUUCGGACCCCAGAUAUGCCAACAAGCUGGACACGAAAGCUGCAUGGGAUGAGAUUGCGGAUCUGAUGGACAAGACAGCAAGAGUGUGCAAAGCAAGGUACUUCACGAUGAGGGACUCGAAGCGUAAAAACGUCAAAAUCGCAUCCAGAAGCUCAUCCUCCGACCACAGAGGAAGCAGGUUCAAAUACAAGUACAGCGAGCAACUAGACUUCUUGACCCCCUUCUUAAGUUUCCAAGAAGACCCACAGGACUUCCAAGUUUAUUUAGAAGAACAGGAUACUGCAGACUUGGUGUACGAUUCCGACGACGCAGAGCCGAGAGACGUAAAAUUUGAAUUCACAAACAUAGACACGCUAGAGGAGGCAGACGAGGAGACAGAAGAGGAGCCUGUCAAUAGAAAAAGGCCGAAGAAAGAGGAGAAAUUCACAGUUAUUGAACCAGAACGCAAGAAGUCGAAAAAAGAGGAAGAAUACGAUGUUAUCCAUGAACCAGAACCGCCGAAGAGACGAAAAAGUUUGAAGAAAGAGGAGGAAUAUGAUGGCGUUGAUACAUUCUUGAUGUCCAUUGGAUCGACUCUACGGCAGUUGAAGCCGUAUUAUAGGAAUCAAGUGAAGAGCAAAAUAUUCCAAGUGGUUCAGGAGUAUGAGCUGCAACAGAUUGUGGAGACUGAAGGCCAUCCGUCCUCAUCAUUAGAUUGAGCCACUUAGACCAAUUAGAACCAAAACCAUUGAGCCUGACUGGCUUUGAAUUCCUGACUUCCAAAGAGUGAUGAUUGUGACCAUGUUUAAAGAAACGUCAAGUUGUUAUGCCUAGUAAUAGGACUAAUAGACAUGAUACAUAGUAUAUUAGAGACCUAAUUAAGUUAUGACUAAUGUUGUUAAUUAAUAUUUCGUUACCCAAAUAAAUUUAAUAUUGACUAAA